UUAUUAGCGUAAUUUUAUUGUUAUUUUGUUGUUUUUAGUAUAAAUCUAUGUGUAUUUAUUUAGCAAUGUGUCAACUCCUCUAAAAGUGUUGUUUAACAUCUAAACAUGGUUAUUAAACUUGAUGAAGGUUCAGAACUUACCGAGCCUUUACUUUGGGGUGAAUCUAAUGAUUGUCCCAGAAAACCUGAGAGACAUGCCGAAUUGAUUAAAAAGAUUAAUGCAAAGAAUGCAAAGUACGUAGCUUUCAGUCUAGUGUUGGGAUUCAUCUUGUAUCACGGGAUAAUCCAUCUAAGAUAUGGAAGUGAUUCUUGUAAAUGGCUUCUAUCAGACGGCAGAUACAAAGGAGAUAUGGAGUGGCAACCAUAUGGCUGUAUGAUGCAUCGAUACAGCCAAACGGACACUCGGCGAUGCAUGCGCUAUCUUGCGUUCUGGGGGCGACACAACCACUUUGUGUUCAUUGGAGACUCCAGGGUACACCAGAUGUAUCUGGCGUUCAUAGACCAUCUGACUGGCCACAAGAGUCAGCCGCAGACGACGCCUAGCAACCACAGUUUGUAUGAUGAACAACUGAGGCUCACGGUGGACUUCUUCUGGAGCCCUUCAGCAUCGGACGUCAUGGUCAACAUGUUCCAUCAUUGGGCUAAGGCAAACCCUCCUCCUAGUAUGGUGGUGGCAGGCAGCGCUGCUUGGAGUACAAAAUUCACCAAUUCUACUGCAAAAGCUGUAGAAGAAUACACGUUCAACCUCACUCGGCUUGUUACUAGCAUGAACACCAUAGUAGAAAGCAAGGGACAGGUUUUUUGGGCACUGCAGGAACCUGUCAUCACAGGAGACAACGACAGAGAUGAGGAGGCCAACACCCAGAUAGACUUGUACAACCGGGCAGCUAUGGAGGUGAUACAGCAGAGUUCAGCCAAGGUGUGGUCUAGCUGUCGUCUGGUGGCUCAGACCAGAUAUCUGGGCAAGUCCAUCUAUGUUCAUGACACCCAGAUGUUGCUUAACACCUACUGUAAUGACCACAUGAACUACAAUGUGAUACAGCAGAGUUCAGCCAAGGUGUGGUCUAGCUGUCGUCUGGUGGCUCAGACCAGAUAUCUGGGCAAGUCCAUCUAUGUUCAUGACGCCCAGAUGUUGCUCAAUGUGAUACAGCAGAGUUCAGCCAAGGUGUGGUCUAGCUGUCGUCUGGUGGCUCAGACCAGAUAUCUGGGCAAGUCCAUCUAUGUUCAUGACGCCCAGAUGUUGCUCAAUGUGAUACAGCAGAGUUCAGCCAAGGUGUGGUCUAGCUGUCGUCUGGUGGCUCAGACCAGAUAUCUGGGCAAGUCCAUCUAUGUUCAUGACACCCAGAUGUUGCUUAACACCUACUGUAAUGACCACAUGAACUACAAUGAUGGCACGUGCUGCAGCAGUGCUGAACCUCAUACAUCUCUGCAAGUUGUCACUGCUGCUGUUUUUGGUGUUUGUUUGGUGCUGGCGUGUGCUAUGACAGUGAAGCGUAAACUACAAGGUUCCAGAGCUGACCCACCCUCCCCUGUCUAUGUGCUGAGUACCAACUUGGCCAAGCUGGGACUGAUCAUGGCCUACUUCUACCUCUGUGAUCGGACGAAUUUCUUCAUGAAGGAAAACAAGUAUUACUCCCCUGUUAGCUUCUGGUUGCCCAUUGGCUAUGUGUUUGCUCUUGGUCUCUUCUUUACUGAAGAUUCAAGAUAUACAAAAGUGCUCCACAGAGACCAAACAGACGAAUGGAAAGGCUGGAUGAUUCUGGUCUAUCUCAUCUACAAUAUGACCGGAGCCUCUACAAACCUGCAGAUCUACAACCACAUCAGAGUCCUCAUAUCAGCUUAUUUGUUCAUCAGCGGCUACGGACACUUCUACUAUUUGUGGCACAGAAACGAUGCUGGAAUUGUUAGGUUCUUUCAGGUGUUGUUCCGCCUCAACAUGCUGGUAGUGGUGCUAUGCCUCUGUAUGAACCGACCGUACCAGUUCUACCAGUUUGUGCCAGUCGUGUCGUUCUGGUUCACCCUGCUCUACCUGGUGUUGAUCGCUCCACCCAGGGUCACGCAGGCCUCGUGUGAACACAACCACCUCCACUACCUCUACCUGGUGCUCAAGUUUGUCGGACUUUUCAGCUUCAUUAUCAUGUUAUACAUGAGCGAGGUAUUUUUUGACAAAGUAUUUGUGACGAGACCGUGGAAGGCGCUGUUUGUCACUACUGAUGAUGACAUCCACGAUUGGUGGUUCCGAUGGAAGCUGGACAGAUACAGCACUUCCUACGGAGCAGUGUUUGGCAUGCUGUUGCUGGUAGCGCAGAGUUUCAGCCUAGUAGAUGACAACAACCACAGCAACCUGUUCACUUCUCGUAUUGCGCUUUGUUCCGUGUUCCUCGCCUUUGUCGGCAUCGGCUGCUCCACCACGUUUGAUCUCCUCUGUCAGUCCAAGGCGGAGUGCAACGAAGUACAUUCCUACACUGUCGCCAUCCCUAUUGUGAGUUACAUCUUCCUGCGUAAUGUGUCGGGCAUCCUGCGAACGAGAUACUCCAGCUUCUUCGCGUGGUUCGGACGACUGUCGCUGGAGCUGAUGGUGACUCCGUAUCACGUGUGGUUGGCCGCAGACAAUCACGGGGUGCUGGUGCUGCUACCUGGCUAUCCUGUACUCAACGUGUUGGUAUCUUGCUACAUCAUGGUGUGCAUAACGCAUGAGCUCCACACCAUCACCAGAAGACUGUUGCCCUUUGCUGUUCCCAAUGACUGGAGACUUGUGUUGCGCAAUGUCGGACUCUUCCUCAUGGUUCUCAUCCCCAUUGGAAUACACGACGGAAUGUUCUAGUCAAGAUGACUCGUGUUCCCAGAACAUAAAACCAAAUACAUGCGCCAGGUAGAAGUAUUGACAGCUUGGCAACAGAUCUCACGAAAUAGGCAGUAACGCCUUAUUGACUUACCGUCCAGUUGCGGCUUGGUAUUUGCUGUGUAUUUGUCUUAAUAAGUUGUACGCUUGUAUUUUAGGAAAAUUCUGGCAAAUUAUGCCUUGUAUUUCGCAAGAUUUGAGUGUUCAUGACUUAUUUGCCCUUUUCCAUCUCCCAAGAGCGUCAAGACAUAUAGUAGCUAAGCUAAAAAUCUACCUACAUGAAGUAGAUAAGAUAGAUCCGAUUGUUUUUUUUUUAUUCAAUCAAUUGGCGAAUUAGAAAAUGGUGUUCAGUAUUUUUCUCAAAACAGAAACUACUUCAAAUGACUCUUUAUUUAUAAAAAAUUACAUUUCAAAAAGGCUGAAUAGGCAUACUCCUUUAAUUAUGCAUUUGCUUUAAUUAUGCAUGCUUACCCCAUGGGUCUCAGGUCUGUGUUAAGCAAUUAAUGAGUUGGAUUGGUAAAAACUUUUAACACAUUAAUCAAAACAAUGUUAUUGUCUUACUAUGCCUUCUGAUAAGACCUAAACCCGGGACCUAUUUACUUUUACCACGUUUUGAUGUCCCCAGAGGCCAAAGACACUAUCCAUUCAAAUUCAUAUAUGUGUCUGUUAGCAUGAUAACUCUAGUAAAAAUCAUCCAAUUUUUCAUUCAUUGAAAAGGUGUAAACCUGCAUUAUUUUAUUCUAACAAGUUCGCAAACCAGCAUGUUCGGACUAUAGGAACAGAGUUUUAGGGAGCAAGAGUUGGUUUUUCCCAUUUUUGACCCCUGAAACAUAAAGUUUUGCAACUAUUUAGUAGAGCUAAAAAACCAAACAAUAUAGUAGGCCUACAUUAAACCAUUGUUGUAUGCCUAGUAGUAACAGAGAAAAUUAAAAAAAACUGUAAAUAAAAAUUUCUGAUGUUAUUUUGAUUGAGACUAAAUAAAUUCACGGGGAUCUCGAGUAGUCCUUAAUCCUAUCCCUUACUGGUAUAAUCCUAGAGCCAAGCCAAGAAAGAAAUCUCUUUUACCUUUUAAUGUUAAGUAAGGUAGAUGAUAGGGUAAACUGAAUUCAAGUUAGUAAGCAGAGUUACAUUAUUGCUCACCACUGAAAAAGCUGUCCAUGUAUUUUACGUUAAAGCAAUUAUAUUAUGUACAUUCAAAAUUUUUUAUGUUAUAAUUUACACGUAUAUCCAUGUUUGAUGUGUAUCUUUGUUAAUGUGAGUUUUAAACACCUAGGAUCACAAGCUAAGCAAGGUCUAGAAGAACUUGAAACCGUUGUAUAAUUUGAAAUUGUUUAGAAGUGUUUAACUAUACCAAAUGAAUACAGAAGUUUAAAAUGUUAUUUUUUACAAGGUCAUUGUAAGAACACUUUGUUCUCCAGUUAUCAUAUCAUAAAAUGAGUUGUUUGUACAACCCUAGUCUUUCCAAUCCUCUCAUCCAUUUAUAUCCACUCUAUUAAAUAAUCAUGAUCAGUGCUCGAUAUCCACAAAAAUGAGGUGCCAGAACUAUUUAACCUAUUUAAUGUGAUUUGUACCUAUUUAUUUACCUAUUUAUGCCAAUAUAUAUGUGUCUGAAAGAGUACAUGCACUAAGAGCACGGGUACUGUAACUCUGUUCCGCCGCGUUCUCCCACAAAUCAAGCACUGAUCAUGAUAGUGUGGGGGUUAUGUUUUCAGUAAUACAUUCCAGUCUCUCUUUAUGUUAAAGUUUAAGAAAAUGGUUGUUUGUUGUAAGAAAGGCAACGAUUUAGGCCUCGGUACACAAUGCAUGCUUAAAUAAAACAGAUUUUUAAGCAUAGUGUUUUUGUGGUUUUAGCUUCUAAUAUUUAUAUGAUCAAAUACAUUGUGAUACUUUUAACUUUAAGCUUAGAAAUACGAUUUUGUAACAGUUUUAAGGAUUGAUUUUAAAAUAAAUGGAUAGUUUA